AGAAGAAGACUACGUCACCAAAGACGGCGAAGAAGAAGAAGUAGAUAGCCGGGGUCCUAAUAGGGGGCGGUAAAGCACCUUUUAAGCAUGGCAGCUGCCGUUAAACCACAUCGAAGAAGAAGAAGAAGAAGAAGAAACCACCGUUGAAGUUGUGUUAAGGUUGUGUCUGCAUCAAGUUUCUCUUCUCAGAAGAAACACAAAACCUGGCUUAUCUCUUCAAACAGCUAGAUUUUUCAGUUCACUCAGGCAGGGCAGGCGCAGAGGGCUGUUAUGGAGGACACUUGCCACCGUCUCUAUUGGUGUACCUGUGGCCGCUGGGGUCCACUACGCUGUGUCAGAUCCCCGAGAGAGAAGGAAGAUGAGGAUUGUGAUUGAAGGAUUUGGUCGCUUCUGCAGAUCUCUCUAUUUUGGAAUCCGCAUCUCUGUGGAUUACUGGUUGACCACUAAUGUGGCUCUGCGGGGGAUAGAUGAGAGCAGUCAAUCCUACAUGGCUAAGAUGUCUGCCUGCCACCAGAGAGCAGCAGAGCGUAUGGUGAAAGGAGCCGUAAGGAAUGGGGGAAUAUACAUUAAACUUGGCCAAGGUCUUUGUUCCUUCAACCACCUCCUACCCCCCGAGUACAUACACACCCUGCAAAUACUAGAGGACAAAGCCCUGGACUGGCAGUACAAAGAGGUGGAUGCUCUUUUCUUAGAAGACUUCAACAAGACACCAGCUCAGCUUUUUAAAACCUUUGACUAUGAGCCCAUAGCUGCUGCCAGCUUGGCACAGGUUCAUAAAGCAGAACUGUUUGAUGGGACUCCUGUUGCUGUGAAGGUGCAGUACAUCGACCUCAGGGACAGAUUUGAUGGUGAUAUUAGAACCUUGGAGAUUCUAUUGGAUAUUGUUGAGCUCAUGCACCCAACCUUCGGAUUUCGAUGGGUCCUCAAGGAUCUGAAGGGCACAUUGGCCCAAGAGCUGGACUUUGAGAACGAGGCCAAAAAUUCAGAGAGGUGUGCAGAGGAGUUGAAACACUUCAAAUUUGUAAUUGUACCCAAAGUCUUCUGGGAGCAAACUAGCAAGAGAGUGCUCACAGCGGAGUUUUGCAGUGGCUGCAAAAUCAACAAUGUGGAAGAAAUUAAAAGACAAGGGUUAAGUCUGAAAGAUGCUGCAGAUAAAUUGAUCCAAACAUUUGCUGAGCAAAUAUUUUACACCGGUUUUAUCCACGCGGACCCUCAUCCUGGAAAUGUUCUAGUGAGACAAGGCCCGGACAACAAGGCCCAGCUGGUGCUGUUAGACCACGGCCUGUACGAAUACCUCAGUCAGCGAGACAGAGAGGCCCUUUGUAAACUGUGGAGGUCCAUAAUCCUGCGAGAUAAGGCAGGAAUGGAAAAGUAUUCUAGUGAUCUCGGGGUCAAAGACUACUUCCUCUUCUGUGAGAUGUUGCUGCAGCGACCAAUCAACAUGCGGGAAUUGGGUCUGUCCAGCAUCUUGAGCAGAGAGGAGACCAGCUACAUGCGAAAAAUGGCCGUGAACCGUUUCGGGGGCAUCAUGGAGGUGCUUAAGGCGAUGCCUCGGCCCAUGCUGCUGGUGUUUAGGAACAUCAACACGGUCCGAAGCAUCAACAUUACACUGGGAGCUCCAGUGGACCGAUAUUUUGUCAUGGCCAAGAGUGCCGUGCGAGGCUGGGGGAGGAUUCAGGCGGACAAGGCAGGGAUACUGCCCAGGUUCUGGGUCUUCAGCUGGGUGAGGACUACGUGGGAGAAUGUCAAGUUUGAACUGGCUUUAAGGUCAGAGAUGGCAAUGAUGAGUGUGACACGUUUGUUCCUGAGCCUGCUCUCAUACUUCAAUCUUGUAUCUCUGGAUGCUGAAAUGUAUGAGUACCUGAGAUAGAGCUCAGCUCUGCUACAUCUGAAUGACCAACGAUUAAGGACUGACUUAAUUUUAUGCGCUGUUUGUCUUUAGUUCAGUUCUAACCAAGAAAUCACAUGAGCAGGUCUGUGAAAAUGAACUGUCAAAUGUCAGGACUGCACAAUACCAAACCUACUCUAGGUUCCAAAUUGUCUACUGUUUUUAAUGAAAAGAAAUGACACAUUUCUUCUUUUUUAUAAUCUGACCAGUUCAUAAGGAGGCUGGUGUAUUUAUUCUGUCUAAACCUAUGUUAUAGCAGUUGUGUAGUCCUUGCAGACACUUGUAAAGUUUAGUACUUGCACCUACUAAGUAAACUGAACACUAGCAGCGCAGCGCUUUUCCUUGAGUGGGGAAAGGGUUAAAUAUGAAACCACUUCCUGGUUUUGCCUGUAAGAUCUAAGAGUGAGAAGACUCACUUGUCAAAGAACUGUUCACCUAAAAAUGUGUUGAAAUAUUCAAAAUAAAGUCUUCUACCUCCA